GACGACCCUCUGCUGCGUGAGCUGACUUUUUGCGGAUUUGAUCUAUCGCAGUUAGCUAGCCAUACCUCGAUGCAUCCUACCGGAGGUAGCUACACAGAAGUGAAGAGUCGCCCGUAAUAAUCGAUAAACCGACGUUUUGGGAUGUCGUUCCCUCAUCUCAACCGACCCCUGUUGCCACCGGGAAUCCCCCCUCCACAGUUCUCUGGUUUUCCUUCAGGUACCCCAAUGAUACCAGUCCACAUGGGCAUCAUGACCCAGAACCCCACAGUCCUGGUACCCACCUCCAUGCCCGUGGUCAGUAAGCCCGCGGCCCCCAGGAAGGACGCUCCCCUGGACGAGAACAGCGGCCCCACCACCACAGUGUUUGUAGGAAACAUCUCGGACAAGGCCUCGGACAUGCUGAUUCGAAAGUUGCUGGCGAAAUGUGGCCUGGUCCUAAGCUGGAAGCGAGUCCAAGGAGCCUCUGGAAAACUUCAAGCUUUUGGAUUCUGUGAGUACAAGGAACCAGAGUCGACGCUGCGGGCCCUGCGACUGCUCCACGAGCUGCAGAUCGGGGAGAAGAAGCUGCUGGUGAAGGUGGACGCCAAGACCAAGGCCCAGCUGGACGAGUGGAAGGGCAAGAAGAAGAGUAGCACCAACGGCAACGGGAAGGCGGAAGCAGAGGAUGGAAAAGAGGAGGAAGAGGAGGAGGUGAUCGACAAGGACACCCAGAUGCGGGACCAGAUCGUCAAGGGCACCAUCGACGGUCUGAUCCGAGAGUACGCCAGCGAUCUCAAAGCUCCCUUGAAUGAUGAUGAAUCUCAGCAACGCAGGAAAAGGAAAGAGAAAAAAGAGGAGGAGGAUAUCAACGCAAUUGACGGGUUGGAGGAUGACAAGAGAGACCUGAUUUCCAGAGAGAUCAGUAAAUUCCGUGACACCCACAAGAAACUGGAGGAGGAGAAGGACAAGAAGGAGAAGGAGCGUGCAGAGUUUGAACGUGAGCGACGGGAGAGGGACAAGGAGAGGGAGCGUGAGAGGGAGCGACGGGACCGCGAGCGGGAGAAGGAGCGAGAGAAGGAGCGUGAGAAGGAGAGGGAGAGGGAGCGCGAGAGAGAACGGGAAAGAAGUGACAGAGACAGAGAUCGUGACCGCAACCGGACGAAAGAGAGAGAACGGGAGAGGGAGAGGAGCCGCGACAGGAGCAAAGACCGCAGCCACUCCAGAGACAGAGAGGUGAGUCGCGACAAGGACAAGAAGCGUGACCAGGAGGAUGAAGAGGAGGUCUAUGAGAGGAGAAGGCUGGAGAGAAAGCUCAGAGACAAGGAGGCAGCCUACCAAGAACGCUUGAAGAACUGGGAGAUCCGCGAGAGGAAGAAGGCUCGAGACUACUCCAAGGAGUCUGAGCGGGAGGAGGAGCGUAGGAGAGAGAUGACUAAAGAAGGCAAACGUCUGAAGGAGUUCCUGGAGGACUAUGAUGACGACAGGGAUGACCCUAAGUUCUACAGGGGCAGCGCGCUGCAGAAGCGUCUGCGAGACCGGGAGAAGGAGACUGAGAUGGACGAGCGCGACAGGAAGAGAGAGAAGGAGGAGCUGGAGGAGAUCAGACAGAGGCUUUUGGCCGAGGGACACCCCGACCCCGAGGCCGAAAUACGCAGGAUGGAGGAGGAGGCAGAGCGUCUGCGCCAGCCCCCGGUGAAGCUGGAGCCGGAUCCCGAGGAGGAGCGGGUACACAAGGCCCCACGGGAGGACCGGGACCAUGAUGACGUGGAAGAGGGGGAGGAGUUUGAAGACGACGACCAAUCAGGGUCCAAGCCCUGCCUGAAGCCCACACUGCGGCCAAUCACGGCGGCCCCCUCUGUGUCGUCGGCCAGCGGGGGCGCCACCCCCAACACGCCCGGGGACGAGUCACCAUGCGGUAUCAUCAUCCCUCACGAGAACUCUCCCCCUCACGAGGCCACGCCCCCUUACGAGGCCUUGUCCCAGGAAGAGUACCGCCCCAAGAUCGGCCUCAGUCUCAAACUGGGAGCCCCUAACGUUACCAGCCCCAGCCAGCCCAAUGUGGCCAUCAAACGCAAGAAGCUCACUGUGGACAGUGUCUUCAACAAAUUCGACGAGGAGGAGGCGGACGAGGCUCCCCGCAAGCGCAAGCUGGUGCCGCUGGACUACGGUGACGAUGACAAAAACCUCCAGAGCAUGGUGGAUGGUGCCUCGGGACUGGCGGCCAUCAAGGGCGCCAACACUGAGGAGAAGCGCAAGCACAUCAAGAGCCUGAUCGAGAAGAUCCCCACGGGCAAGACGGAGUUGUUCUCUUACCCGCUGGACUGGUCCGCCGUGGACUCGACUCUGAUGGAUCGACGCAUACGCCCCUGGAUCAAUAAAAAGAUAAUUGAGUACAUUGGAGAAGAGGAGGCUACGCUAGUGGAUUUUGUCUGCUCAAAGGUGAUGGCUCAUGGUACACCACAGGGUAUCUUGGAUGAUGUUGCCAUGGUUCUGGAUGAAGAAGCAGAAGUCUUCAUAGUCAAGAUGUGGAGGUUGCUGAUCUAUGAAACAGAGGCCAAGAAGAUUGGGCUGGUGAAAUAAGAAACCCAAGAAAGCAUAGAACGAACAUCCAACUUUUUCUAAUAGAUUAAUCCGACUUUAGUGUUGUUAGCCACCAAAAAAUACUGCUUCUCCAUUCGAGCAGCCUAAAAUCAAAGAAUGGGCUCAUCCUAAUACGCCAACAAUGGCUUUCUACUACGGACAAUAUUGAGCUCCCGUUUUCUCAUUAUUCCAAUAGACUGGUACAUGUCUCUCUACUGCAGCUGCUGACUGUACAGCCUACAUGUGUAUGUGCUUGAAUGACUUUGACUAAGUGCUUAUUGAAGAUGCAUGCAAGCAACCACUUGGACAAUGGCCUGACUAGUCUCUUGGCUUGAGUUGGCUGUCCCGAGGGUUGGGAUGGAGCUGGCAGAUAAGCAGUUAACGUUUGAAGAAGACAACAUGGCUACCAAGCCGUGGGAAGGAGGUUCACUGAAAGGUAUCUCACUGGUCUCAGUUUGUCUAUAGUUUUGUGAUAUUAGUACUUAGAAACAUCCACAACUUCUGUAACAUCUCAAAUGCUUAGUCAUUGGCAUCUGCUGAAACUUCUGUUUAAGUGGAGUAGGUUUGUUUUUGUAUUACAAACAACUUUCUAAAAAUGCUAUUUGAGGAUGAUGGGCCAGAUACUGAAUGUUAGGUCUUCCUGACUUGUGAUUGGCUGGUCUCAUACUGUAACACCUGACAGAACACUGUAUAGGAAAGGUUCAUUUGGAAGACCAGCUGUAAUGAUUGUGAUUUGUGAAAACAUUGUCUCCAUUUUGUUUUUUUUGUACCAGUGGAAAUUUGUUUUGAAUAAAGAUGAUUUUCUAUA